AUGGCGAUUAUGCUAUCUCGGCGUGCGGAUAGGCUUGACUGGGACGAGUCUGUCAAACCCACAACAUCUGGAACAUGGAAGAAUUAUUACGAAGUUGAAACUGCCUUCGACAUUCUAUUGUUGAUUGUUUUGCUGGCCCUCCUUGUCACUUGUGUGAUGAGGAGACGCAAAAUCAUUCUCUUCAAGACUCUCAUGGUGUCUCUGGCAGUGUUCUCCAUGUUUUCAAUUUUGUCCGUCAUUAUCGAUUUGAUCAUUGUCACCAGCACGGAAGUCAAGACUUACUGGAGGAUUGCGUAUAUCCUGAAUGACUUUUUCUACCUCCUUGGGCUGUGCACAGUAUUCUUCCUUUUCUACAAAAUCAUUCAUCGAACUCGACGAUACUUUUCACAAACGGCAUCUCUGAGUUUCGAGAUCAUUCACUGGAUUUUCGUCGGGCUAUUGGCUGUGGUCUCUGUAGGGGAAUGUGGUCUGUACAUUGGGUAUGAGACGCGCGAAUUUGCAACCUCGGACAGCUAUCGCUGGUACUACAACUGCGUCCGCAGCGCUCGGCAACUCGCAUCCUGCAUCGUGUCUUUUGAGAUUGUGCUGUGGGUCCUCGUCAUAAUCCGUCGAGCAACUCAAUCACGCAAAGAUGACAAGGGACCCUCUUUAUCUCUCCUAUUUAGCAGCAUCGGGUUUUUCGGGCUGAACACUAUGUGGGCUAUUAUUGCUAUUCGCUGGCAACUCAUUGGAUACCACGACGCCUGGCCUCGUUGGCUUUACCUUGCCAUAUUCGUUCUCCCUUUCUUUUUCAUCGCGCCUACUUAUAUCGGAAUGGUGCUCUCCUGCAGUCGAUUGAGCGCUAUGAAGGACUUCAAUAUGUCCAUCGACGUGCCUGCAACCUAUAUGCACAUCCCUUAUGAGCACUCGAUAACACACCCGACAGAUGGGGGUGUACAACAGCGAUUUUAUGACCCAGACACCGUUCGACAAUACGUUGAGGCCGAGACAAAGCCAAUUGUGGAAGCAGACUCGAGAAGUCGUUUCCAAAAGUGA